GAGAGCGGGCCGCCUUGGCCAGGGCGGCCCGCUCUCGGCGCUCGUUGGGGUAACCGGGGUAACCGAAGUCUGCCGAAGGAGUCGAAGCGGGAGCCGAGCGACCCCCGAACUGACAACCCGACGACAGAGGCAAACAAGCGAGCGAGACCACAAUAGGCAGACGACAACAACAAUAACAAAACGCGUAGUGUACUUCUUUCGCUGUGAAUUCAGAAUACAGUUAAACAAUGGACGCAAAUAUCGUGUUGCAAGUAGCCGCCGCAGCUGCGGCUUUGAUGGAAGAAGAGGAAGAGGAAGAAGAGAGACUUGCGAUCGCAGCAGCAGAGAUAGCUGCAGCUGAGUUGAUGGAGUUGGAGGAGGGUGAAGGGUUAGGUGGCGCCUCUUGGGUUAAAAUUACCACUGACAUAAAUGAGUUUCAUUUGAUGCCCGAUCCUUGUUUUAAGUUGCAUUUCCGCAUGUCAAGGGCUACAUUUGAAAGAUUGUGUACAGUUAUAAGAGAACACCUUAUCCUCAAAAGAAGGCUAAUCAGGGAACGUACACCCAUCCCAGAUAUAAUGUUGAUGGUUGUGUGGCUCCUUGCGACACCAGAUAGCUUCAGGAGUGUUGCACUGCAGUUUGGAGUAACGCCCGGAACAUUAUAUUACUUUUACUCUUAUAUAAUUCUGUCUCUGCGUGAAUUGGCAGAUAGGUACAUCACUUGGCCAACAGCAGAAGAGAGGGUAACAAUAAGGAAUGCAUUCCAUGAAGCCACAGGAUUUCCUGGUGUAGUUGGGUGUAUUGAUGGAACGCAUGUAUACAUUACUGCUCCAGUGCUGGGUGCUGCCUCAUACAAAAACCGUAACAGAUCUUACAGUAUUAAUGUGCAGGCUGUGGUCGACAACACCCUCUUAGUACGAGAUCUAGUAGUUGGUGAAGUAGGUAGCAUGCACGAUGCUCGUGUUUUUAGAAGAAGCAUCCUGCACCAUGAUUUGGUCGAAGGUACUCGUUUGACUGCAGAUGAGCACCUUGUAGGUGAUGGCGCAUACACACUCACUGAUUUUAUGAUGAUACCCUUUCCCAACAAUGGGCAUCUGAAUGCAGAGCAGAGGAAUUUUAAUCGCAGAUUGUCUCAGUCCAGAGUGAGAGUUGAGAAUGCCUUUGGACGAGCAAAAGGAAAGUGGCGUAGGCUAAAAUUCCUCCAUGCCAGAAACCAAGCAAUUGUUGUGGAUCACAUCACUGCAUCGUUUGUGCUACACAACUUCAUUAUUCUUGGAGGAGAGGAUAUGUUAGAUCAUGAAGAGCUUGGGAGGCCCAUUCACGCCAAUGAAGUUUUGGGAAAUGAAGUGCAUGAGCCUGAUGAAGAGCUUGAAGACAUCAAUGAUGAAGAGCAAGCAGCACAAGCCAGAGGUGUCGAAAAACGAAAUUUUCUCAUGGAAAUACUGGGAAACUUGUAAUUAAUUUGCUCUAUCAUAUUAUUAUUCUGCUGUAGAAAACGUUUGCUAGUCAAAUCUGUGAUUGCAAACUCACAUUCAAAGCACCUUGCUAAACUUCAUUUAUAGUCUAUUUAUGUUUUAAACUUAAUUUUAAUGAUUACGUGUAGUCUACAAUUAAUACAGUAAGAAUCUUAUGUUUAUUGCUUUGUUCCUUAUUUAUUCAUUACUGCACAGGGUUUUUUAGGAUUUUUUUCCCUCUUGACUUUAUCUUUUGAUUCAGUUAUUUUAAGUGGAGCUUACAGUUCCCAACUCUGUUUUCUUAUUUAUUGUUGUUUAAGCAGAUCAUAACAUAAAACUGAAAUGAAUCUUAGUAUUAAUGCAGAGCAUUAUAUUUUUAAUUAAGUUUUCACUCAGGCAAAUAUGCUCCAUAAUAUAUUUUUUGAAAAUAAUCGGUAUGUUUUACCUUAUCAAAUAUUUUUUGAUAUUGGGUGUUGUUGUUCAGUAGGUAAAGGUUUGUCCAAGAGAAGAGCUGCUGGGCGCAUGUACAAGGGUUUUAAUGUUCCUUGGGUAUCACAAAGGGCUUUGACAGCACAACAAAUGAAAUUAUAAUUGAAUAUUCCAAAUACAGAACAGUAGAUUGGCAUAUGGCAUAAAGAUUUACCAAAUGUGUAUGUUAGAAAAUUAAGUAUUGAUAUUUGAAAUUAAAAUUUCUUGUUUUGCCGGA